AUUUUUGUGUACACAGUAUGGAGUACCUGAAAUGUACCUUACUUAGUACCCGAUGUCACUUGUAGCUCUCCUUUCCCUCGCCAUGGAUUGUGCUCAUGGAGCCCGUGGCCCAGUCAGUCACCAAGGGGUGGAGGCAUCCCAUUGGCAGUGGCGGCACGCGGCACGCUACUGAUGGUCUUUUGCAGAAAGUCACUAAACUACGUACACAACUAUUGAGUCUCUCGCAUGGGCGAAGUGAGAGUUGGGCUCACGGAAUUGUUUUCCAAACAAUGUCGCCCAAUACACCGCUCAAUCGCCCUGGCUGUCGGACCAUGCUUACUACUUUCUUUGCCUCAGAUCAUUUAGCUUAUAUAUGUCCGAUUAAAGGGGCUGCAUUGGUAUGCUCGACGCCAUCUCAUCGUACACGCCUCUUCGACGCAAUCUUAUGGUGGCAAUUGCUUCUCCGGCCUCCUCACAGAGGGAACUUGGGUUAUCCCAUUCGGGACACGCAUGAAGAGAGGAGCCUGAUAUCUGUCGGAGCCAGUGACUAAAGCUUGCGUCGUCCAGCAAGCUGCAUAUUCGAAUCCUAGAUGGGCUCAAACUGAGACAGAUUGGUGCAGGCACGGGUGAAAGGACAAGGAGAAAGCGGACGGAUGCUACGAGCUUUUUCGAACCGGGACUCCAAAGUGUCGUCCACGAUAAGCGGACAC